AGUAAUGUUACAGAGCGGAGAGAGUGAGGAGGCUGCGUCUGGCUCCCGCUCUCACAGCCAUUGCAGUACAUUGAGCUCCAUAGAGACAGCGCAGGGGCAAGUGAGAGCCGGACGGGCACCGAGCGACUCUGUGCCUCGCGGAGGAAAAACUAAACAUGGGCAAAGGAGAUCCUAAGAAGCCGAGAGGCAAAAUGUCAUCAUAUGCAUUCUUUGUGCAAACUUGCCGGGAGGAGCACAAGAAGAAGCACCCGGAUGCUUCCGUCAACUUCUCAGAGUUUUCUAAGAAGUGUUCAGAGAGGUGGAAGACUAUGUCUGCUAAAGAGAAAGGGAAAUUUGAAGAUAUGGCCAAGGCAGACAAGGCCCGUUAUGAAAGAGAAAUGAAAACCUACAUCCCUCCUAAAGGGGAAACAAAAAAGAAGUUCAAGGAUCCCAAUGCACCCAAGAGGCCUCCUUCGGCCUUCUUCUUGUUCUGUUCUGAGUAUCGCCCUAAAAUCAAAGGGGAACAUCCUGGCCUGUCUAUUGGUGAUGUUGCAAAAAAACUGGGAGAGAUGUGGAACAACACUGCUGCAGAUGACAAGCAGCCUUAUGAAAAGAAGGCUGCGAAGCUGAAGGAAAAAUACGAAAAGGAUAUUGCUGCCUACCGAGCUAAAGGAAAGCCUGAUGCAGCAAAAAAAGGAGUUGUGAAGGCUGAAAAGAGCAAGAAGAAGAAGGAAGAGGAGGAAGAUGAGGAAGAUGAAGAGGACGAAGAAGAGGAGGAAGAUGAAGAGGAUGAGGAUGAAGAUGAAGAGGAUGAUGAUGAAUAAGUUGGUUCUAGCGCAGUUUUUUUUCUUGUCUAUAAAGCAUUUAACCCCCCUGUACACAACUCACUCCUUUUAAAGAAAAAAAAAUUGAAAUGUAAGGCUGUGUAAGAUUUGUUUUUAAACUGUACAGUGUCUUUUUUUGUAUAGUUAACACACUACCGAAUGUGUCUUUAGAUAGCCCUGUCCUGGUGGUAUUUUCAAUAGCCACUAACCUUGCCUGGUACAGUAUGGGGGUUGUAAAUUGGCAUGGAAAUUUAAAGCAGGUUCUUGUUGGUGCACAGCACAAAUUAGUUAUAUAUGGGGACGGUAGUUUUUUCAUCUUCAGUUGUCUGACGCAGCUUAUACGAAAUAAUUGUUCUGUUAACUGAAUACCACUCUGUAAUUGCAAAAAAAAAAAAAGUUGCAGCUGUUUUGUUGACAUUCUGAAUGCUUCUAAGUAAAUACAAUUUUUUUUAUUAGUAUUGUUGUCCUUUUCAUAGGUCUGGAAUUUUUCUUCUUAAGGGGAAACUAGUCUUUUGCUUUUGCCCAUUUUGGAUCACCUGAAUUAUUGCAGUAUGUAUCUCUUCAUGGAGUUAGCUGACAAACUUGUCUCCACACCCUAAAAAUCGUAAUGGGGGUAAUAAAAGUUAAGUUGACAUUUUCACCAUAACUGAAACUAAUAUCUCUCAAGUUUUACAUUGGCCCCACCUAGAUUUUACAAAGUGAAUAAUCAGUUCUAUUCACAGCAUGGGAUUAUUAGAAUUAAGCAAUUUGAAAGUCUGUCCUUGAAGGACUAGUAGAAAACUAUAAUCUUUACAGGAGGACUCUGUUCUUUAACUCCCAUUACCAUGUAAUGGUAGUUACAUUUAGCAGUACCCACAUGAACGAAGACCUGAGAGUGUACACCCAAAAGCGUGAGCUUAAAAUGCAAGACUUGGGUUUUUUUGUUGUUGUUGACAUUGGUCCCAGGGAAAGUGGUGGCUAUGCGUGCCCUUUUCCUUUUAUUUGCCCAGGAAAUUUGAGACUCCGUUAGAAGUACUUUAAUUAAUUGGACCAGUUUUUAAAUUAUGCCACAUUUAAAAUAGGGUAAAUUUCCCUAUAUUGUGGUUUUCCCCUUUAUAAAUGAAAGACGAACUUUGCAUUGUAGUGCAAGUUACCCAGUUUGUUUGAGUUUUUUUUCCCAGACUUAGCCAUUCAAGUCAUGUUUAUCUGCUUAGCAGUUUAGGGAACAAUUUGGCAAUUUCAUGGUUGUUUUUUUUUUUGAGAUAAUCGUUUUCUUAAAGUGCCAGUGUUUUAAAAUAGCCUUCUUGUCAUUUUACCCGCUUUUGUGAUGGAGUGCUGUUUUGUUAUAUAAUUUGGAUUCUUUCCAUUUGCAUUUGUUAAUGUAAUUUCAGGAGGAAUACUGAACAUGAGUCCUGGAUGAUACUAAUAAACUAAUAAUUGCAGAGGUUUUAAA